AUGUUUGGUUGUAUUAUCGCAGGAAGACUGAUCCAAACCAAUCUUCAACAAGUUGAGGUCAAUAAGUUUGUGUUUGAAUUAACGGAUGCAGCAACAAUUAAUCAUAUAGUCGUGUUUCUGCUUGGGACUAUCGCAUUUGAGCCAGGUUAUGCUGCUACAGUACAUUUCUUAUGGCCAGGCCCAGACGGAGCAAGUACUUGGAAGCUUUUAGGAAUGCUCUCUAAUGAGAAACCUAGCGCAAUAUUUCGUCUUCGAGGAACAAUAAUACCAGGUAGCGGGUCUUCAUCGACAAACUUAAAUUCACCAAAAUUUUUAACUGGUGGGAAUACUUCAAUGGAUAUGAAUGACAUGAGUGAUACCACACCUCAAGUCACAGCCACACUUGGCAUUUCCAUUGAACCAAUAGCUUUAGUUGAAUCGCAGAUGGCUAAUCUUCCGACACAUGUCAAGACAGAUUCAAUGCUAACUCCAGAUAAUAUUGGCCAAGCGGCCGCUAAUAUACUAAAAAAUCUAUAUAAUUAUGUCACUUCAUUUGCAACCUCAUCUCCUCCUAUGGGCAUGCAACUUAUCGGUCAAAAUAUCAAUAUGUAUCAGUCCUAUAUUCCUUUAAAAGUAUUUCAGGAUUGGUAUGAUGGAUUUAUGAGAAAAGUCAAAAUUGAUCCCGGAAUGGUAUUAAAAGGUGAUGAAGGAGCACCUUAA